AUGGAUUUGGGAUUGAGCCCGAACUACCGCUGGGCGUGUGGACGAAAUCUUAGGCUUGUGAAAAGUUAUUUGCAGAAAUCGCAAAAUAAACAUUUUUUUUGCAGUUAUCUGUGAAUAAAGUAAGGAAUUCUCAUUAAAAGGUUAGAUUAGCUAAACGGUUGGAUCUAACCCAGUCGUCUAGCGUUAGAUAUAACCAGUUAGGUCCCUGAUUGCUUUGAAAUAUCGAGAUGGAUUUGUUUGCAGAUCUUCCUGCUCCUACGAACAAUACAAACUCGGGUAAAGAUGAAGACAGCGUGCAGGACCGAGGAGAGAAGAGACACAGGGAUACGGACUCGGACGAUGAGCAGAAUAAGACGGAAAAGAAAGUUUGUAAAGGACUGGCUAAGCUGAAGGGUUUCGUGGCAGCACGGCGUGGUGAGCGUGAGGACAUGCAGGACGCACACGUCAUUUUACCAAACCUCCAUACACAUACAAACACACUGCCUACACAUGUGUCCAGGCUGGCAUAUUUUGCUGUGUUUGAUGGUCAUGGUGGAGCUCGAGCGUCUCAGUUUGCUGCUGAACAUCUGCAUCACACACUGCUUAACAAAUUCCCUAAAGGAGAGGUCGAAAAUCUGGAGAAACUGGUGAGAAAAUGUCUCCUUGACACGUUUCGCCACACAGAUGAAGAAUUCCUGAAAAAAGCUUCUAGCCAGAAGCCGGUAUGGAAGGACGGCUCCACAGCUACUUGUAUGUUGGUUGUAGAUGAUGAUCUGUAUGUGGCCAAUCUGGGAGACAGCAGAGCAGUGCUCUGUCGUGUGGAGCCCACUGAGGAUGGAGAGGAGAGGUGUGUGUGUGUGGCUCUAAGCAAAGAACACAAUCCAACCAUCUAUGAAGAACGCAUGAGGAUACAGAGAGCAGGAGGAACUGUCAGAGAUGGCCGUGUGUUAGGUGUGUUAGAAGUUUCUCGCUCCAUUGGUGAUGGUCAGUAUAAACGCUGUGGAGUGAUUUCAACACCUGACCUGAGACGCUGCACACUCAGCCCUAAAGACAAGUUUGUGAUUCUGGCCUGUGAUGGACUUUUCAAAGUUUUCUCAGCAGAUGAGGCUGUUCAGUUCAUCAACAAAAUUCUACAGGACGAGUCGGUGGAGAUGAAGGAGGGGCAGACUGUGGAAGAAGCGCAUUACGAAGCUGCAUGUCAGAAACUGGCUACUGAGGCUGUGAGGCGAGGCUGUGCAGACAACGUCACGGUCAUCCUGAUCUCCAUUGACUUCUGACACAUUUCUCUCUCACACUCACACACACCAGCUGAGUGUUUAGACUUCUUGUUGCAUUUUAUUCAUUUCAGAGCGAACAUUUCUAAAAGACUUUCACACAGUGAAAUCACUCAGUGUGGGGAUUUUCCAUCAAAUAAAAAUCUUGCCAAUGUCGGACAUGCUGUGUUUGUUUUUAUU